GCCUCCGUACUCAGGAAGCAGCAGCCUGUUAGCUGUGCUGCUGUUAGCUUGUACAGCACAAGGGCAGAGGCUCUUUGGAGUUAUUUCUAACAAGUUUUACUGUUUAAUUUUAUUUAUACAGACUCAUUCAGUUGUUUUCUCUGCCGCGAACCUGAAGAUGCCUCCCAAACCUCUGGAACCUCUGGCCAAGAGACUCAUGAAGGGAGUGAUCGCGCUGGAGCUGCUGGGCGUCUUCGGGGUGUACGGUCUGUUUCACACGAUGAACAACAGUCAAGAUUUCAGGAACACCAUGAAGAGGAGGUUCCCGUCAGUGCUAGAAGUUUACUACCAGUCCAACGAGUGGGCGGGGGUCCACGGCAUCCGAGAGAGAGACCACGAAGCCUGGUCGGCCAAACAGGACUGAGGGCGUCAAGUCGGGUUAAAAAACAACAACAAACACACAGCGGCUCCUACUUCUUCCUCUUCUUGUUGCCGAACGUCUUGCCUCCCGCCUUGGCUCGGCCGAACACCUUCUUCCUGUUGAACGUGGCCUUCUUCUUGCGCAGCGUCUUGGCGUCACGGCCGUGGACCCAGUCGUCGCGCUGAGCCUCCCACUUCAACUGCUUCAGGCCUGCGGGGACGAACAGGAAGUGUUAGAAAAGACAAGCAGAGGACGUCAACAUCAGUGUCUCUGACCUGUUCCUCUAGCCCCGCCUCUGGAUUUAUGGAUCUGAUUUUGAGCCCACAGUGAGAAGUGAUUCAAAUGAGAAGGCUGGUGUUAUUGAAUGAUUUUCUUACUGUCAACAAAUCCCAUGAAAAGACCAAAACCAUGAACACGUUAGUCCGUCUCUCAAGACUUCCUGUCUGUGACUCUGUUUCAAGCCUCUUCAGUAAUUUCAUAAAACAGCUGCUCACUGUAGUUUUUAACAAAUGUUACUCAAACAGCAGGAAAUGGUGCCUUUAUUGGGGACUAUUUUCAGCGGCGGAUGAAUCCACAUGUGUCAGAAUAAACUACAGUGUGUGUGUUCGUGGCGAUGAGGGAACAUGCACCCCGUGCAGCAGUGAGGCUCACUGAUGGGUUUAAUAGUUUCUAUAUGUUGGUUCGUCUUUUCAUGGAAUUUGUUGAUAACUAAAAGUAUAUUGAAUAUCACUAGACUCAUCUUAGAUUUAUCUACAGAGAAGCACCAGUAUUUGACCUUAACCUCUGUCUUAUUCUCAUAUUUUACUCGCCAUCUCUGUUGUUGAUGUUCUGGGAAACAUGGACUUUAACAAGAUAUAACGUUAAAUAGAACAAAAAUUUUAAAUGUCAAACCAUUUAUUAAAUUAAUUGCUUCUUAUAAAUGCUAAUUUAAAGUAGUCACGGUCAGAUCGUCUUCAAGUCUGACUCAAAGCGUUUCAGAUAAUUAGUCUUUAAACUGUGUUUUUGUGGGAUAUUUGUGCUGCUUGUUUCCCAAAGCUGCAGAGUAAAAAUGUUAUGAUGACCAAUAAAUUAAUUCUCUCUUCAAGUAUAAAUCCACAAAGACUUUCUAAACGAGGCUCCUGGGCUGUGAGAAGUAGUUUAUUUAUAAAAAAUGUGUCUGUUUGAAGCUGACUUUUGUCUCUGUGGAGAAGUUUUAUUAAACCUGGCUGGUAUCCAGCAAACGGAAUAAAAAACCUUCCUGUUGAUUCC